AUGGCUGACGCUGCUAUCAGUGCUGCUGUUAAGGUCGUCUUGGGGACACUUAUUUCCAUUGCCGCGGACCGCAUUGGUAUGGUUCGGGAGGUCAAAGCAGAGUUGGAGAGACUAAGCAAUACUGCUGCAACGAUCCAAGGUUUCCUGGCUGAUGCUGACGGGAAAAUGCAUAGCCAAGGGGUGCGAGGUUGGCUCAAGGAGCUAGAAGAUGAGGUUUUUAAAGCUGAUAACGUGCUGUACGAGCUCAACUACGACAUUCUUCGUCGGGAGGUGAAGUACCGAAAUCAACCAAUGAAGAAGAAGGUAUGCUUCUUCUUCUCCUCCUUUAAUGCAAUUGGUUUUAGUUCCAGCUUGGCUGCAAAGAUCCGAGACAUCAACACCAGCCUAGAGAGGAUCAACCAGCAGGCAAAUGUCUUGGGAUUGGUCAGAAAGCACCAAAAAGAAGCUGAUGCCGCUGGUGCCGCGGCAAGCAGACAGACCGACUCUAUUGUUGUUCCGAACAUUGUGCAGGAGAGUCUUUUGAAUGAAUAUCAAAGCCAAAUUAAUCAAAUACUUAAGGUGAGCUUUGAUCAUUUAUCAUCUCCAUCAGUUAAAAAAUGUUUUGCAUAUUGCUCAAUUUUUCCCCAGGACACUGAAUUAGGAGAAGAUGAACAAAUUCAGCAUUGGAUUGCGGAAGGUUUUGUUCUAAAGAAUAAUAGAGUGAUGGAGGAAACAGGAGGCGAGUAUUUGAGGAUUUUGUUGCAAAAUUCCUUGCUGGAAAAAGUCGGAGAGUCGUGGAGAACAUACUAUAAAAUGCACGAUCUCGUGCAUGAUUUUGCAAAAUCAAUUCUCAAUCUAGAAAGCAGCAAUCAGGAUCGCUACCUUGCAUUGGACUCUUCUAAAGGUUUGGAAGAAAAUACCAUAAGGACAAUACCAGCAUCAAUUCGCACAUUAUUUCUCCAUCUAGAGGGUGGCGUAUCUACUGACAUGCUUUUAAGAUUCAAGUGCUUGAAUGUUCUCAAAUUGUCCGGCGAUGAUGUCAAGUUUCUACCGAGCUCCAUUGGCAAACUACUACAUUUGCGACUGCUCGACAUUUCAUCUUCUGGAAUCACAAGUUUGCCAGAAUUUCUUUGCAAGCUAUAUAAUUUGCAGACACUAACGAUUGAUGAUCAUGAACUUGAAGGAGGUUUUCCAAAACGGAUGAGCGAUUUGAUCAGCUUGCGACAUCUAAACUACUACCAUGAUGAUGCAAAAUUUAAAAUGCCGGUGCAGAUGGGACGAUUGACUUGUCUUCAAACUCUAGAGUUCUUUAAUGUAAGUCAAAAAAGGGGAUGUGGCAUCGAAGAGCUUGGGACCUUGAAAUAUCUGAAAGGAUCGUUGGAGAUAAGAAAUCUUGGACUAGUGAAGGGCAAAGAAGCUGCUAAACAAGCAAAAUUGUUUGAAAAGCCAGAUCUGUCCGACUUGGUGUUUGAAUGGGAGAGUGGGGAUCGGGAAAGCGAUAACCGUGAGGAGGAUGUGUUGGAAGGUCUCCAACCUCACCCAAAUUUGCAAAGGUUGGGAAUUCGUUCUUUUAUGGGUAAUAAAUUUCCACAAUGGCUUAUCAAUUUGUCAAAAUUGGUGGAGUUGCGGAUAGUAGCCUGCAAGAGAUGCAGUGAACUCCCCUCAUUAGGACAACUGCCAUCCCUCAAACGUCUCUCUUUGAUAAGAUUGGACAACAUCCGAUUUAUUGGAGAUGAAUUCUACGGUAUUACUACUAAGGAGGAGGAGGAGGAGGAGGAGGGCAGAUCACAAGCAUCAGAGAGCAGCAGUAGAAGGCGAAAAUUCUUUCCUGCCCUUGAAGUACUCUGUGUAGAAUAUAUGGAGAAUUUGGCAGAGUGGAAGGAUGCAGACCAAGUGAGGUCAACAGUAGGUGAAGCAGAAGCAGAUGUCUUUCCUGUGCUGAGGUAUUUGAGCAUUCAACGUUACGGCACUGCUUCUGUUGAGGAGUUGAGUAUCCGCAUUUGUGACAAUCUUAGGGAGCUGCCAGAUCUGGAUCUGUUUGGAUCGAGUUUGCAGCGAUUGACCAUCGAAGAUUGCCCAAGAUUAAUCAGUCUUGGAGUAAAUGGACAGAAAUGCCCCCUUUUACUAUGCCUUGAGAAAUUGAGAAUUGAUUAUUGCAAAGGGUUGACAACUAUAUCCGACAAAAUGUUCGAGUCAUGCCGGUUUCUGCGGUCCCUGGAGGUGAUGAGGUGCCCCAAUCUGGUGUCGUUUUUGCUUAAUUUGCAGGAGACGCCUUCUCUAGAGAAAUUCGUCUUAGAGAACUGUCCCAAAUUGAUCCCUCAUAGUUUCAAAGGAUUUGCUUUUGCCACCAGCUUAAGAGAAUUGAGCAUCAACAGUCCCUUCUCCUCAGAUGACUCCUCAGUCGAUGAUUUUGAUUGGUCUGGUUUAAGAUCUGCAUCAACGCUCCGUUGGCUUCGCCUAGAAGGGUUACCUCACACGGAGUCCCUGCCACACCAGCUUCAAUACUUGACUACCCUCACUUCACUAAGUCUGGACAGCUUUGGAGGAAUAGAAGUGCUACCGGAUUGGAUUGGAAACCUUGUGUCCCUUGAAACCCUACAGCUAUGGGAUUGGGAAAACCUUCGGUCCUUACCAUCUGAGGCCGCCAUGAGACGCCUCACCAAGUUAACAAGUGUUGAAGUUGAUGAGUGUCCUCUGUUAAGACAACGAUACACUCCCCAAAGAGGCAUCUACUUGGAGGAGGAGAUUUCAAGUGAUCCGACAAGCAGUGACAGCGAACAAGAAGGCAAUGAUGGUGCUCAAACAUCAGUCUCAUGUUGUUUCCCAUCGUUGCUGAAGAAGGAGAAACCAGGAGAGUCUUAGAAAGCAGACCUCAUGUUGUUGGACAAAGACACCACCCUUUGCUGUUGCAUUUCUUACAAGAUUGCCAGGGGGCAGAAGUUAUUUUCACUGACUAGACAGGUUUGAAGAUGAAGUUAGUAAUCAAUGAUGAGAAUUUUGCACAUCAGAGAGCGCUAGCUUUGAUGGAGGCUUCACCAGUUGGUGGUUCUCCCCAGGUUUCCCAAACAUAAGCUUUUACUCAUCUCCUGCUCGGGCUGCAGAAAGAAAGAUGAGCAAUGCAAGGAAUGAUGGCGCUCAAACAUCAGCUUCAUGUUGUUCUCCAUUGCUGCUGAAGAAGAAGAGCUCAGGAGAGUCUUAGGAAGCAGACCUCAUGUUAUUGGACAAAUGACACCACCGAUUGCCGUUGCAUUUCUUACUAGAAUGCCAAGGGACAGAAGUUAUUUUCAUUGACCAGACAGGGCUUGAAGAUGAAGGCAGUUAUCAAUGGUGUUAAUUUAGCUCAUUAGAGAGCAUUAGCUUUGAUGGAUGUUUCAGAAAUAGUGGGUUCUCCCUAGGUUUCUCAAACAUAAGUUUUUCGUUAUCUGCUGGUCAGAAUGCAGAAAGGAAGGUAAUAAUUUAGCUUGUACGUCCUUAGGGCAGUUUUAAUAAUUUCUGAUCUGCUUUCUUGAUAUGUAUUUAGUAAAUCAAUUACCAGAACUUUUUAUUUCUUUUGCUGAUUGCUGAACUGAAAAUGGCUAGUAGCAGGCUUGUAGAGUGUGAUAUGGAUGAAGAAAAAGAGAGGGAAAACAUCCUAGCAUGGAAGCUGAUACAGGAGACCUAUCAAGGUGCGCAGCUGAUUUUAGGCACACUGGACUGAUGGACUUGGUGAAAGGGUUGGAUGUUUGUGACAGUAGAGAAUUGGAUAAACAAUCAAUUUGGAGCAAUGAGAGAAAUGCAGAUGCAAGAAGUCUUGAAUUGCACAAAGGUCCAAGGAAGAGGAGGGAAAACGUUCUUUUCAGUAGAUGUGUGCAUAUUUUGUGAAGAAUUAACACUUCUUAAAAGAUGGCAUUUCAUACUUUUGGCGUAUCAGAAUGUGACAAGUCCUGAUAGUGCGUUUUCUUCAUCUUUUACAGGGAGUAAAAGUAUGUCUAGAGACCAUAUUUGUAAGAUUUCCUACCCUUUUUUAGCUAGACAUUUGAUAGAGAGAACUUAGAACUCUUGUUACUUUUCCUCUUCAAGUAAUCAUUUUUUGUUAUCUCUGCGAAAUUGCUUAAUCCAGUGGUUUGUUAGCCACC